CUCUGCAAGGAGAGCAGAAGUCCUCAUCCUCCUGGCCAACUCUUUCUAAGGAUGUGAGAUGAGAGGCAAGGAGAGGAAAGAUGGUACAAAAUGCAUCACUUCCAAGAAACUGCUGCAGCAAGGAGGACUUGGAAGCUGAGGCUCCCAGGGCUGCUCUGCUGGUGGCUGCUCUGUCCAGCGUGCUGAUCCUCACCACAGUGGUGGACAUCUUGGGGAGCUUGCUGGUCAUCAUCUCUGUCCUGAAGAACAGAAAGCUGAGGAACUCAGGUAAUGCCUUCGUGGUAAGCUUGGCGUUUGCAGAUCUUGUUGUUGCCCUUUACCCCUUCCCAUUGGUGCUUGUGGCAAUUUUUAAAAAUGGAUGGGUCCUUGGGGACACGCACUGCAAAGUGAGUGGAUUUGUGAUGGGCCUAAGUGUUAUCGGAUCUAUCUUCAACAUCACCGGGAUUGCCAUCAACAGAUAUUGCUACAUCUGCCAUAGCUUUGUUUACGAUAAGCUCUUCAGUGCGUUGAAUACAAUGCUAUACGUCUGUCUGAUAUGGGUUCUGACGGUUUUGGCAACUGUUCCAAACUUUUUCAUCGGCUCGCUGGAGUACGACCCCCGGAUUUAUUCGUGCACUUUUGUUCAAACCGCAAGCUCGUCUUAUACCAUCACAGUAGUCGUCAUCCAUUUCAUUGUGCCAAUCACUGUGGUGACGUUCUGCUACCUUCGUAUCUGGAUUUUGGUGAUACAAGUAAGACGAAAAGUGAAAUCCGAGACCAAACCGAGGAUGAAACCAAGUGAUUUCCGAAACUUUCUCACAAUGUUUGUUGUAUUUGUGAUUUUUGCCUUUUGUUGGGCGCCGCUGAACCUCAUAGGCUUGGCGGUGGCUAUUAAUCCAUCCAAAAUUGGUCCCAAAAUCCCGGAGUGGCUCUUUGUAGUCAGUUACUUUAUGGCCUAUUUUAACAGUUGCCUUAACGCGGUCAUAUACGGCCUACUUAAUCAAAAUUUCCGUAAGGAAUAUAAACAGAUUCUGAUGUCCCUGUGGAUGCCGCGACUCUUCUUUCAGGAACUAUCAAAAGGAGGCACCGAGUGUCCGAAAAGUAAGCCUUCUCCAGCUUUAAAUAACAACGACCAAGUGAAAACAGACACGGUCUAAACCCACCGUGAAUGAACGCUCAGCAUGCCACAAACACCCCCCCCCUUUCAUCCAUUCAUAGUACUUUCCAACCACGUGGUGCUUAUUUUACAGAGUAAAUAAAAAUAUUUUGAAGAAAAAUGCAUUCAAUAAUAAAAAAAAAUUAUAUCCUCGAGGGGAAAAUGAAUGUGUCAUAGUUUAUUCUGCUUAAUUUUUUAUAUAAAAUGUUCCAUGUGUUCAAAAAAACCUAAAGAUUUUAAUGAUUUAUUAUAAGAAAAUGGAUUGUUUUAACUUAUAUUUUUACAUUACAAAAAAAAAUGUACUUUGAUUGUAUUAAUCAAAUAAUAGUAAGCUUCCUUUGCAAAUAGUAUACCCGAAGAAUGAUACAGCGAGAACAAGUCCAGGUUUAAUUCACAUGCUCACACGUGACAGAUGAACGUAAUCUGCCACAUAUU